AAGAGGGAGGGAGAUCAUAACACAUGUAGAUGGACUCACCAAAGAAACCGGCGAAAGGCGGUAGCAAGUCACUCAUGGAGAAUCUGCUCGGUCUUCUCCGCAUCCACGUCAAGCGCGGUGUUAAUCUCGCCGUCCGCGACGUCCGUAGCAGCGAUCCCUACGUCGUCAUCAAGAUGGGUAAACAGAAACUGAAGACUCGUGUAAUUAAAAAGGAUGUUAACCCAGAGUGGAAUGAAGAUCUUACUCUGUCUGUUACAGACCCCAGUAUACCUAUCAAGCUGACUGUGUUUGACCAUGACACAUUCAGCAAGGAUGACAAAAUGGGAGAUGCAGAAUUCGGCAUAUCGCCUUAUUUAGAGGCGUUGAAAAUGAACUUGGAAGGCGUCCCAAGCGGCACUACGGUAUCGAGAAUACAACCAGAUAGGGCAAACUGCCUGGCUGAAGAGAGCUGCAUCCAAUGGAAGGAUGGGAAGGUGGUGCAAGACAUGUGCCUCAGAUUGAGAAAUGUCGAAUGCGGCGAGGUCGAAAUCCAGUUGCAAUGGAUUGACCUUCCUGGUUCCAAGGGAUUAUGAGUGCCUCAAUUUCUAUGCUUAAUUCGCGUUCCUGCAUAAUAUAUGGCCUGGUUGUUGUGGUUGUAAGAUUCUAAACAGAACGGUUUUUUCAUAAGCUGUGAUGGUUUGUUGAUAGGCUAAAUUUCCAUGGUGCUCCGGAGUAUAGAAUACUCCGAAAAAUCCCGUUAUAUGUAUAUAACAAACACACAUUGUAUGUACUUAAAUUAGGGUUGAACAAUUUUUAACUUUCAUCUCUA